UCUCUCCCUCUAAUCUCUACAAACAUUCAUCAACGUUUCUCAACAUUCAACACCACCAACAAAAACAACUCCUACCACUGUGCCAUCAUGACAGGAAAAGAUAUCCUCAAUAUGAUGAAGGUGAAAGCAGGGUUUGGAACAUCAACACCAGAGACAGGGAAAGGAAAAGGAAAAAUAUCAAAACAUAUUACACAUGGCUUUCACUUGAUGAAGGGAAAAUCUGGACAUCCCAUGGAAGAUUAUUUAGUUUCGGAAUUCAAGCAAGAAAAGGACAGAGAAUUAGGCUUGUUUGCAAUAUUUGAUGGCCACUUAGGCCACGAUGUUGCGAGCUAUUUGCAGAACCAUCUUUUCCAUAACAUCUUGAAACAGCAUGACUUUUGGAAUGAGACAGAACACGCAGUGAAGAGGGCUUAUAUUGAAACUGAUGAGAAAAUAUUGGAACAAGCACUUGAAUUGGGGCGAGGAGGGUCAACAGCUGUAACUGCAAUACUGAUAGAUGGUCAGAAGCUUGUAGUAGGAAAUGUUGGUGACUCAAGAGCUGUUAUUUGUGAGCAUGGAAAGGCUAGGCAACUGUCUGUAGAUCAUGAACCAAGCAAGGAAAAGAAAUCUAUUGAGAGACGUGGAGGCUUUGUAUCAAACAUUCCAGGAGAUGUCCCUCGAGUAGAUGGACAGUUAGCAGUAGCAAGAGCUUUUGGUGAUAGGAGCUUGAAGAUGCAUCUUAGUUCAGAACCUGAUGUGUUUAUAGAGGAAGUACUUCAUCAUACAGAGUUUCUUAUUCUGGCCAGUGAUGGAAUAUGGAAGGUAAUGUCAAACCAAGAAGCAGUGGAUUCCAUUAGGCAAAUAAAGGAUGCUCAAGCUGCAGCAAAGCACUUGAUAGAAGAAGCAGUUUCCAAGAAAAGUAAAGAUGAUAUUUCUUGCAUAGUUGUGAGGUUCCAAUGACUGGAACAUUUAGAAUCUUAGAUUAAGCACUUCAUGUUCUUUCUUUUCUUAACUAAAUGCUUGUAGAAUCUAACAAGCACUGGUUUUUGCAUAUGUAUAAAUGAUUCUGUAACUUUUGCCUUUUUUAAUGAGAUAUUUUUUU